AUAUUCACGAAGUGUUUGCACAUAAAACAAAUCUUAUAUAUAUAUAUAUAACAAUACUAUUUUGAGAUUCACACAGAACAAGAAAAAGAGUGGCAACAAUUAAAGCUCGUUACACUGUCAUCCCUGACGAACCAACCCCACAAGGGCGUUUAUGGCUUUCCGACAUAGACCAAGUUGUUCGUUUCGGCCACACACCCACUUUCUACAUUUACAAACCCCAAAAACAGAACCAAAUUGAAAACAGCAUACAAACAUUGAAAAACUCUCUCACCAAAAUUCUAGUUCAUUACUAUCCUAUAGCUGGUAGACUGUGUUACACACAAGGUGCUCGACUCGAAUUGAAUCUCAAUGCAAAAGGAGUCAUUUUAAUCGAAGCCGAAACAACUAAAACAAUUCAUGAUUAUGGUGACUUUUCAUUCUCUGACUCCACCAAAGAGCUUGCUCCAACAUUCAAUUACAAUACUCAACAAAUUGAAGAAAUGCCUCUUUUUGUUGUGCAACUCACAAAGUUCAAAAACAAUGAAGGUUGUGCAAUUGGUGUUGCUAUGCACCACAUUUUAGCAGAUGGACUUGAAGCCGUUAGAUUCAUCAACUUAUGGGCUAAAUUAGCAAGAGGAGAAACACUUGAUCCUAAUGAGUUACCUUUUUUAGAUAGAACAGUUCUCAAAUUUUCACACACCCCUUUGGAACCACGUUUUGAACAUAUAGAAUUGAAGCCACUGCCGUUGAUUCUUGGAAGAACCGAUACCGAAGAAGAAAGACUGAAAAAAACAACAGUUUCUUUGUUGAGACUUUCACCUGAACAAGUUGAGAAGUUGAAGAAAAAAGCCAAUGAAAAUAAUGAAAUUGUUCUAGCUAUGAUGAAAAAAGGGUCAAGACCUUUUAGUAGAUUUGAAUCAAUUAGUGCACAUGUUUGGAGAUGUGCAUUAAAGGCACGUGAGCUUGAAGAGAAUCAAGAAAGUGUUGUUAGAUUCAAUGCUGAUGUAAGAAGUAGAAUUGUUCCACCUCUUCCUAAAAAUUAUUAUGGGAAUGCUUUGACACAAACAGCAGUAAAAGGGUAUGUUGGAGAAAUCACAUCAAAGCCUUUGGGUUAUGUUUCACAAAAAAUAAGGGAAUCAGUUGAGGUUGUAAAUGAUGAGUAUAUAAGGUCACAAAUUGAUGUUAUUAGAGGCUUUGAAAAUUUGGAUGAUGCAAGGAGUUUGUUUUUAGGUGAUUUUGAUAAGAAAACUCUUUAUUUUGGGAAUCCUAAUUUUCAUGUAACUAGUUGGUUAAGUAUGCCUACUUACGAAGCUGAUUUUGGUUGGGGGAAGCCUGUUUAUUUUGGAUUAAAUUCUCUGUCUCCACACGAUAGGGCAUUGAUUCUUCUUAGUUCUGAAGGAGAUGGAUCUGUUAUUGUGUGUUUGCAUUUUCAGAUUGCACAUUUGGAGCUUUUCAAGAAGUUCUUCUAUGGAGAUAUUUGAAGUUUGGUUCAUUUCUUUUAGGCUUAAUUGCAGUUUUGAUUCUCCUAUUUUAACUGAAUUGCAAAAGUAGUCUCCUCAUUUUAUUUUUCUCUAG